AUGAACACAGCACGGAGUAUGAUUGCCAUUUACCAAAAUCCAUCGUCGAGGGCCAUCAGUGUACAACAGCAGAGCACACAAAACCAUCUGGAAUACUUCUACGGCAUCUUCACGAUUGCAACUUGCAAGGACUCGGGCCCUUCAAAAGUGGCCAUUCUUUUCAGGUUGUUUCGGACCCAAUCCGAUUCGUCAAUCGUCACGAUAUCUCGCGUACACACCCACUACGUAGGUGGCGCUUCACGAGUUCCAAGAGCGGUAAAUAGUCUAAGCCUCGUAACGCCAAUGGUCACUGACAUUCCAUUCUUUCCAUUCUGGCGAACAACUAGAUAA